UUCCCGCACAGUCGAGUCUCGCUCAGCCCCCGCGCGCCGAAGGGAGGGAGCGCAGAGGGGGUCUUGCAGACUCUCUCUGCGCUCGCCUUAUUUAGGGCCCACACUCUGGAUUCUGCCUCAUUCCGGACUGGAGGAAGAGGCUACAGUCCCGCGGCGGAUUGGGUCCAGUUUGGGGCCCGGAGCGAGCCCCCCCCCCCCCCCCAGCCUCCGCCGCAGUGGAGCGCGCCGCCGCCAGAGGGAGGCGAGACCGGGAUAGUCCGGCCGGGGAGGCGGGAGUGAGGGGGCGGGGAGGAGGCAGAGCUGAGGGAGCGUGAGAGAGGGAGAAGAAGGUGAGAGGAAAGACCUAGAGCCAGAAGAAGAGGAAAACCGGGAAAAGCAAUCGCCGCGUAGUAAGGCCACCAGUUGGUAUUGUUAAAAAAAAAAAAAAAAAAAAAAGGCACACGCGGGACGCAUGCGCACGGCCGACGGAGGCGAGCUGGCCGGAGCUUCCCCUCUGGCUCGCCGGGCGGACGGUGAAAUCAAAAGCGCAACUCAGGCGGGGGACCCGGGAAGUGCCUGCACACGCACCCUGGAGGAUCUGACUCGGUGCCCGCAUUUACGCUCUUGAAAACCUAAUGGACUGAACUGUCGCCCACCCUUGGCCCGCGCCAAGUCGGUUAAGGUACAGGCGCCACUGGUGUUUUUCUUGAACAAACCCGGGCAAUUGAGUCUUCGGCACUCUCGGAGCUGCGCUCGAAACCUCCAGCACACAUUAUACAUAUGGGCAAAGUGCCAUCAGUCUUCUCGUUAAAGUCAUGAAGAAGUCAAAGGUACCUACAAGUACUGCUACUUUUCAGUAUUUACAGAUCUUCUUGGCCAAUGAAAUAAGACCAAGGCGAGGAAGCAUCUUGGACUUGGAAAGGUACAGAAAGUAAACCGACAAGUGUGACUAUUUAUAGACCGUAUGAUCAUCCGCCUAGAAAACCCAAGAGGAUCAGUAGAAAGACUACUAGAAUUAAUGAGAGAAGUCAGCGGGGAGGCCAGAUAGAGUACCCUUAGCCUUCCUGUGCACCAAAAUAACUACUUAGAAACUUGAAGUGGGGAAGUAUUUACAACGCAAAAACGGAUCCAUAAAAUACUCAGAAAUAAACCUAUCAAAAAUGUGCAAGACCUGUUUGAGGAAAGUCUUUAAAAUCUACAGAAGAGAGGCUCUCAGUGAACACGUAUUUCAUGUACUGAUUGGGAAGACCCAGUGUUGCAAAGAUGUUGGAAAAGUAGUCCCUUGAAACCCGUUGACGUUACCACGUCACAGUCCUUCCUUCUGGGAAGCUAUUGGGAUUUUUUUUUGUUAAUGAGGCAAGUUGCAUCAGUAUCUCUUAGAAAAUAAUUGCCUGGGCCAUGUCCUGCUCCCAGCACCUUUGUUUGGAGCCUGUCCUGGCUUGUCCUUGCCCCUCAGUGUCCUGAAUGAAGGGAAACCAUCAUGUCUCUGCUGCAAUGGCACAGAUGCCUGGAGGAGCCCCAGGUUUCCACCCCGGGGGCAUUAAAGGGGGCUUGUCUGCCUGUGGUGCCCAUAAAACAUGGCUGUGAGCUAGACAGAUGUCUGUCUCCACCCUUUGAACAAGUGAGCCGCCCCAGUGUGGGCAUCCUGGACUGCUCCGGCGGGGCACUGUGGACGGGAGUUGUGAGCGUUGUUCCGGCUGUGGAUGAAAGGACGCUAAACACUUGACCACGUCUCUCUUGCACUCCUGGAGCUACAUCCUGGGAUAAUUAAAAGGGCUACUCCAGAGGACUCAUCCUGAUUUGGCAGCCCAUGAGAUCUGAGCGGACGGAGAUGCGGAAACGGCAGAUGCCUGCAGCCCAGGAGACCACGAGCUCCACGCCAGGCCAGCCCGGGGCGGGGGACCGCGGGUCCAACACCUGCUGCUUCUGCUGGUGCUGCUGCUGCAGCUGUUCCUGUCUUACUGUUAGAAACCAAGAAGAACAGAGACCCAGGAGGCCCUCCCAUGAACUCACACGAGAAGACCUUCCAACCUGUGAAGAAAGCCCAAGUCCCACUCUGGAGGAGGUCAAUGCCUGGGCUCAGUCCUUCGACAAGGUAAUGCUCACUCCAGCGGGAAGGAAUGCUUUCCGGGAAUUCCUCCGGACAGAAUUCAGUGAAGAAAAUAUGCUUUUCUGGAUGGCAUGUGAGGAACUGAAAAAAGAAGCUAAUAAAACCAUCAUUGAAGAGAAAGCAAGGAUAAUCUAUGAAGACUACAUUUCUAUUCUUUCUCCUAAAGAGGUCAGCUUGGACUCCCGAGUAAGAGAAGUCAUCAACAGGAACAUGGUGGAGCCAUCCCAACACAUAUUUGAUGAUGCACAACUCCAGAUCUAUACCUUAAUGCACAGAGACUCCUAUCCCCGGUUCAUGAACUCUGCCCUCUAUAAAGAUCUGCUUCAGUCCUUAGCUGAGAAAUCGGUUGAAGCAUAGGAUGUUAUCAAAUAUAUUUAUUAUUAAUAAAAUAAUAAAAGAACUGAUGGACUACAUCUAGUACAGGGAACUUAGAGAUAGUAGUACCUUCUGCUAGAGUAAUACUUGGGCUGUUUUAAUAAACAGAUGCUUGCUUUUACAGAAGACUAGUCACAGUGUAAACCGUGGCCACCUGUAGUGAUACUUUUGAAAAAAAAAUGGGGUAUGCCUGUCUUAGAAAAAGAUAGGAUAUUUACAUUUACGGUCACCGCAGCAUGUUGUCAAUGGCAAAGGUUACUCUGGAAGACUACUGCCUGGGGCAUGCACAUCCUCUGGAGCCAACCAGACCGCCUUUGUUUUGCAUGAGUGCAGUUAUUGGAUGACUCUCCUCCCAAGGAAAAGGCGUUCGGGUGUUUCUUAGCAACUCCUUCCUUCCGUCCAGCUGUUUUGAGUAUUUUGCUUCUCAGUGCCAUCACAGGACCCAAAUUCCCAUUUUAUAAAGAUGUGUCACCACUACUCAUAAAAAUGGAAUUUCACUUUUAUCUUAGAAUCCAUGUAUGUAUGUGCACGUGUGUCUGUAAUGGUUAAUGAAAGUACUGUGCUCUUAAGUGGGUCAGUCGCACCUGUUUGGUAAGAAAGUAGUGUUUAGAAAAUUCUUUUGUUGAAAAGUUACCAUGAUUUUAUUAUCAUAAUCUGCCAACCUAAAGAAUGAAUUUUUAAUUCACAACUUAGUCGCGUUCAUAACAACUUUCAAAUGAGCAUAUUUCCAUUUUUAUUAUUCAAAGAAAUAUGGGCAUUUUCAGUCUAAAAAAAUAAAGCACAAGAGUUUU